CCAGCUACGGAAAUACCCAGGAACCACCAUCCCAGAGCACGAGGUAUCACUCGAUCUGAUCGAUCUCGAUGUUGUUGUUUCUGAAUGUGUUGUUGCUUUUGGUUGUCUACCUUCCCUUUAUCCAUAGAGAGGUUGCUUUUGUUCUCGCUAGAGAACAGGAGUCAGCCAACUACCUUGCCCAUGACGAUGAAGUUAAAUCUCGCCAUGAAGAACUAAAGAGCAGAUCGACGAUCGGCUUCCAGGGCAAAUGCAUCGAGGUAGCCAUCUUUCAGAGCAUCGACCAAUGGAACGCGAUACUUAUCGGCCAGUAGACCAGCUAUAUUAUGUCCAAUGCCAGUCCAGAUCAAAAGGCGAGCAGGCCAAUGAGAAGAACGAUAGGGAACAGUUGUAUCAGCGGUACUAAACGAGGAUGGAACAGGCAUUUUUUUUUUCCUGUAAUGGUUGCCUAAAUGUUGACAGUUGAG